UACGUCAUAAUGAAGGCGGUGUAGCCUACAAAACGCAGUGGACAGCUCCCGGUGCAAAAUACCUUCAGAAAGGACAUUUUUAUUCCCUGCUCAUUCUAAAACGCCAACGGAGUUCUGAAGUAUUAUUUUUACAUAUUGUCUUCGGCUGGCUCACGUUGUUUUAUUUCACCUGACUGCGUAGUAACCAGAGUCUACAAAUAUAACAAUGGAGGCGCAUAUCAGCGCACAACACUGGGGAAGGUACGGCUCGGUCUUUCUUCUUUUUAGUGCCGUCCUGAACACUGCGUCUGCCGUCACUCACUAUUCUAUUCCCGAGGAAAUGGAAGAAGGUUCCGAUGUUGCUAAUUUAGCUGCUGAUUUGGGUCUGGAUGUAAAAACGCUGAGUAAAAGGAGGAUUCGAUUAGAUGUCAUUGCGAAUAAGAAAUAUCUGGAUGUGAACAAAGAAACGGGGCAGCUGUAUAUCGCUGAGAGGAUUGACAGAGAAUUAAUUUGCACUGCUAAGACAUCUACAUCUUGUUUUCUAAAAAUGGAGGCUAUUGUCGAAAACCCACAGCGGAUAUUUUAUAUCGAAUUAGAGAUAAUGGACAUCAAUGAUAAUGCACCAAAUUUUCGAAGGGACACCAUAAACUUAGAUAUUUCUGAAGCAACGCAGGCCGGUGAAAGGUUCUCUGUCAAUAAUGCAGUUGACCUUGAUGUUGGGGCUAAUUCAGUGAAAACCUACCAUCUAAGUGACAGUGACCAUUUCAAUAUAGAAAUUCAGACCGGAAGAGAUGGGUCAAAGUUUGCUGAUUUGAUCCUGAAAAAGGCUUUAGAUCGAGAGCAGCAGGCGGUUCAUAAUCUAAUACUCACCGCUGUAGAUGGCGGGGUACCCACGCGUUCCGGGACAGCCAGCAUUACUGUUCGUGUGCUUGAUACGAACGAUAACGCCCCUAAGUUUGACAAAGACAACUACAAAAUCGAUAUAAUGGAAAACUCUCCAAUUGGAAGUCUUGUUGUUAAAUUGAAUGCAACAGACUUAGAUGAGGGCACCAAUUCGGAAAUAUUAUAUUCUUAUAGCCUGUAUACAUCAGAGAAAACACAACUAACGUUCGAUUUAAACCCUAAUAACGGUGAGAUCACGGUAAAGGAAUUGAUCAAUUACGAAGAUUUCAGGAUCUACGACAUGGAAGUCAUAGCAACAGAUAAAGGACCCAAUUCCUUAACAGGUCAGUGUAAAUUAACCAUUUUAGUCACAGAUAUGAAUGAUAAUCAUCCUGAAAUAUCCAUCAAAUCCUUUCAAAGUCCAGUCAAGGAGGUUAUAGCAGUAGACACGGUGAUAGCAGUGGUUAGUGUCAGCGAUAAAGAUUCAGGUGACAAUGGGAUAGUUGAUAUUCGUAUAGCUGAUAAAUUACCUUUUGCGCUGAGAGAGUCUUCUAAUAACUAUUACGAAUUAGUAGUUUCACAACCUCUGGAUCGUGAGAAGGUCCCUGAAUAUGAAAUCACUUUUACGGUAACAGACAGGGGAUCCCCUCCGCUAUCUGACAACGAAACUAUGACUUUAGAACUACUAGACGUAAACGACAACGUUCCACAGUUCCCACAGUCGUUCUACACUAUUCCCGUUAUGGAGAAUAACGCACCUGGGGCCUUGCUAAGUUCCCUCACUGCGUUUGAUCCAGACCUCCAUGAAAACCAGUAUCUAGUUUAUUUCAUCAUAGAGAAGGAGAUAGUGAACACGUCCAUGUCCAUGCUGUUCUCCAUCAAUCCGGAGAACGGUAAUCUUUACGCACUAAAGACGUUUGACUAUGAGAUAGAGAAGGAGUUCCUUUUCCACAUUGAGGCCAGAGACUCUGGUGUUCCUCCGCUCAGCAGUAACGUGACUGUCCACAUCAUUAUUGUGGACCAGAACGACAACACCCCGGUCAUAGUGUCUCCGUGGCGCGCGCACGGCUCCGUGGUGGAGGAGAAGAUCCCCAGAUCCACCGAUAAAGGAUCCCUGGUCUCCAAGGUGAUUGCCAUAGACACGGACUCGGUCCAGAACUCUCGGAUUACAUACCAGUUUCUACAGGUUACUGACGCCACCUUAUUCAGUCUGGACCAAUACAACGGAGAGAUACGUACUAUGAGAAUGUUCAGUUACAGAGAUCCGCGUCAUCAACGGCUGGUUGUCAUCGCCAAGGACAACGGGGACCCUGCUCUCUCUGCUACAGUUACCAUAAAGCUCUCAACAGUGGAGACUGCAGUUAAAGCCUACUCUGACAUGACGGAAGUGCCUCUAGAAUAUGACAUAUUUUCAGACUUAAACGUAUAUUUGGUGAUCGGCCUGGGCUCAGUGUCCUUUUUGUUAUUGAUCACCAUAUUGGUCACCUGUGUGCUGAAGUGUCAGAAACCAAAGCUCAGCAAAGCGGCCCCUCCAAGUAGGAACAGCGUGAUCAGCGAGAGGAAUUCGACCAUCGCAGAUUCCACGCUGGUCUCCAACGAUGCCUACUGGUACAGUCUGUUUCUAGCGGAGACGAGGAAAGGAAAGCUGGUAGUCAGACAGCCUGUGCCAAAGGCGGGCUCCAGAUACAUCGUGUCCAGUCUACCAAGGAGCACUGGCCUGACAGAGACCAGCGACUCAGCGGCCUCUACUCUGCAGGUAAGACAAAACUCACCAUCUGAUUUAACCAAAUGA